UGAAGGGGUCCAUAAGAAAAGAGAGCAGCUGGAGGGUGCAGCAACAGGGAUUCUGGUGGAUUGAUCUUAUAUUUCCUUAUACCCAACAUAUAAAAAGAUGAGCAGAUAUCAGAGCUCCAUCAUGCAUGGGUUCAGUAUCUGGCACGUGCUGUGUGUGCUUGGUAGCUUGGGCUCAUCUUUGUGUGCGAAUGAGGUUGAAUAUGAGGGAAACUAUGCAGACAACUAUGACAACGAGAUCUCUCAGAACCAGCAAGAGGAGGAGUCUCAACCCACACCAUGCCAUGCAGACUUCUCCCGCUGGGACAAGCUUUUCAUUGCUCUGGAGGACUCCCACAUGAGGCAGAAAAUGCUGCUGGAAUCUGUGGAGCAGUGCUGUGGAGGAAUGCACUCUCUGAAGACCCAACUGGGCAAGCUGGCCAAGGGGACAUGGCAGCAGAAUGCAUCCAGCCUGGUGUCCGCAUGCAGGGCGCAGGCAGAACAGUCAAGUCUGAGGCUGCAUCAUAAUUUGGCAAAACUCCGGGAGGAAGAAGAGGAGAGGGAGAGGACAAUAAACAUGACUUUACAGAUGAUCCUGCGCAGUAGUCAUGAGGAAAAUUCCCGACUGAGGCACCUUGAGGAAGCAAUGCCAUUGGCAUCAGCAGGCAGCAGGAACAGCAACCAGCCGACACCAAGACCUGGAGGUUUAGGGACAGCGGGGGUAAAACCGUUCUUGUUCGGCCUGAAGGGGCAAGAAGUGACUUUACCAAUGGACAUGGCCACAAUGGAAAGUGCUCUGGUUGCUAUAGCAACGGACCUGCAGAGGGUUCACCUGCAGCUGAGCAAAGUGAUAGAGCAGGCAGGAACACUGAGGAAGGACAGAGGAGACACAUGAAUUGUCCAGAAUGAAAAGUUAUAUUAAGAUCAAAUGGGAUUUUGCACAUAAUCUUUUUAUGGUUUUUUUUUCUACAAUGUUGCUUUUUGUUUUGUUUUUUUUAGUGAGAAUGAACUCAAAUGUACCGUAAAGAUUGUAGAUUUGCUGUAAUGAAUAAAAAUCAAUUAAACAACUAUAUUACCCUCAUGGAAAAGUUUGCCCGUUCCACACAACAAUCAACUCGUUUAUAACAAUAUCCUUGAUUGCACUUUCAUUUGUCUGAGUCAGUCGCUAAAUGAGGGUUAUCCAGCACAUGUCAGAGUUUACACCCUGUGGCGAUGUCUGCUAAUAUCCACAACCACAAGAAGGUGUGUCAGAGGUUUUGGUUUGUGUGUAAUUCUUGGCAGGUCUGUCCUGCUCAUUAGCUGCUUUAGGAGUGUCUGAAUGCAAAGAGACCACUGCUUUCAAUGCUCACCGUGUUUAUGAUGUUUGAAACCCUGACAGAAUUGUAUUGCACUGCCACCCAUCCCUCCUUCAGCCUCCUAUACACACACACACGUG